AUGACUGAUUUGCUUCUCGAGAAGCUAUACAACAUGGGCGUUAUACCGACAAGGAAAAGCUUGGCUUUAACUGAUCGGUUAUCAGUUUCCUCCUUCUGUAGGCGUAGGCUAUCGACAGUACUGGUUCACCUCAAGUACGUAGAGCACUUGACAGAAGCAGUGACAUAUACAGAGCAAGGACACAUCCGUGUAGGACCAGACACAAUCACUGAUCCAGCUUUCUCAGUAACUCGGAACAUGGAAGACUUCCUCACUUGGGUUGAUUCCUCCAAGAUUAAACGCAAAGUUCUUCAGUACAAUGACAAAUUAGAUGACUACGAACAUGCUUGCUUAAGAACUUUUUCAAUUUUCCCAAACUAUAUUCCCUUUAACCAAUCAUCAAAUAUUUUGCAAUAG